AUGGGAAAUUGCUGUGCAACCAAAGAAAAUAACCCUCCACCCAAACCAAAACCACAAGAAGAGCCCCCAAAAGUUAUCAAGCAAAUCAAAGUUAAUUGCAAAAAUCCACAUUUUUCGCUUACCUUUGAUUAUCAUUCCAAAAAGCCAGUUUCUUAUAUAAUUAACGAAAUCACAUCAAAAUACCCCAAAAUUGACCUCGAUAAUCUAGCUUUACUGAGGGGAAAUUUAGAAAUCCUCGAUUUUAAUGCAACUCUGGAAGAAAUUGGGAUUUUUCCAGGCGAUCAUUUGAAAGUCCAAAUUAUUGAGAAAUCUAAUAUACAUAAAAUGGCCGGAGACGAGCGACCCGUCCUCCCGUGGCGGGUGUCCUUAUGUAUACCGGACGUGGUUUUUGGAUGAGGAGAGCUACUCAAGGGAAGAGUUAGCCUCGGGGUGAGAGGCCCAGCCAAUUUCUGCAGAUUUUGGGACUUGACCCGGAAAGCAGUUUUUCGCAUUCUUUUUGCCAGUAGCGCUGAGGCCCAGACUCGGUGUCCGAAAGAGGCAGGGUGAGUUACCUGCCUAGGCUACUUGGUGGCUGAGUUCUUUCUCGGAGCUAAUCCGGAAAAGAGGGGAAGGCGAAGCUCGACUCAGAUUCUCAAGGGCGUAAGUCUCUCCAGUUAAAAGGGUCCCUGAUAAAAAAGGGGCGAUCUGGCCGAGCUAAGCAGGGUUGGGUAAUGCUGGCGCUUAGGUUGGAAAUGGUGGUUCCCGGCAAAAAUCCGUAUGACUCGGAUCGGAGGGAAUAUCACUACCGAGAAACCGGGGGCUUCGGCCCGGGCCUAAGUUAGCUUUGAGGGAGCCCACCCCGCAGCGACAUUGCUGCAGAACGCAUGGUGCUUAGGAAGUGGGACUAUAAAUACAAAGCGCAUAAUCUAUCUAAUCUUUAUUGAGAAAUCUAAUGAAGUGACUCCUAACGAAGAAAAUGUAAUGAAGCAUAUUGACGAAUCUAAAAAUAAUUCAAAACUGUCAGGGUCCUUAGAAGAUAUUGCUGAAGAAGAAUCCACUACAAAGCAUGAAAUUGGCCGGGUUCAGCCAAAAAAGGCUGGGAUGAGGCUAAAGCAGGAUGGAAUGAGAGACACAGAAGCCUGCAAACUAUGAAAGACUGCUUUACUCUCUCCAAAAUCGAAACAAUACUUGAAGCUAAAUGGGCUUGACAUAAGCUCAACAAAUACUACCCACGACAUUUCUUUGAAAGAAAAACGAUUUUUAAAGCAUUUGCCUGUUCAGUUCAAUGCAAAUGGCCAUAGUGUAACAGUAGACAGUGAUGAGAGCUUUAAUGCUGAUGAUAAAAAAUAUGCUGUAUCUCAUAAAGAAAGAGCACCUCAUCACCCAACUGAUUUCUUCAGAGAUCUUCAAGGACCUUUUUCCGCUCUGAAACAAAUUUAG